GCAGAGAGAGGCUUGUUAUCCAUGUACCAGAAGAUGAUCGCGAUACCAAUAAGGAGGCCCAAGGCCAGAAUCGAACUGAUGGAUUCUAGGAGCCAUUCGCUGGGGGAGUACACCGGAUGCCGCUUGUAUCCAGUGCUGGGCGUGCUCUGUGGCUCGGAAUCUACCUCGGAAGACUGGGCAGGCUGCUGGUACGGCUUCUCGUUGCUGCUAUCUACACCCAUUAUGGUAGCCUGUGUCCGCGACUGUGUGUUGCAGACGCCCUUUGAGGGAUACAAACCGGAGCCAGGAUAAAGACGAACAAAACAACGCAAUCAGCUGGGCAGCCUCGCCCGUAGGUGGCUGGUUUGAUUUAUGGCCAACUUCCGGCCCUGGCAUGUUUGAUUUCAGAACUGUCCUCGGCCCCUCUAGAUGAUGGGCCGUGUGUGUCCUUGGUCAAAACGAAGGGCUUCUGGUGGGGCCUGCUGGGAUUCGAAUCCUUCACAGGGUCUUCAGCUGGCUCUCGUGAACCUCCGGGAAAGCCUCUUUCCUGUGCCAAAGGAUUCGCUCUCUCCGGUGUUUUCGGUUAAACUGAUGCCGCUCAUGCCUUCUGUGGACGUCGGCCAGCAGGUGGCCAUUGGAGAACAGGCCCAAAUGACCAAUGUCGCAAUGUGGGCUGUGAGCGCUCCCUUCGAUUAUUCUGAGAAAGGGGAAAGGCCCCGACAACCCACUGUCGCUGUAGCUGCACUUUUAAUUGGUGGCAGGAUGCCCCAAGCGGGCGCCACAGGCGAUGUGAAGAUGCAGCAAGAUUCUCCAGGAAAACUGCUGCUCAUCGAGGGUCAAUCCCCAGUGUUUUGGGCCUGUGAUAUCCGUCUAUUCACCCCCGGAAUAUCAGACCCAGCACUGUCAUCUGGGGCGUUAGUAUUGUUGAUCGAUCGGGCCAGGAAAGAUUUGAGAGCCCCAAAGACGCAAUUUGCGGCUGGAAGACAAGGCUAGCGAGAUUUCCCUGUUCUCGUAUUCCCCACCCACAUUCGCACCACACCAGAGACCGCGGCGCGGUCUCUUCUGCC